GGGUUUAAUUCUUCUCAAAUGUAAAUGUUAACCCUUGAUAAAAUUAUAUAUUCUUGUGCGCAGUUUUGCUGAAAGUAGAGAGACUACUGUAGUAAUUAUGAGCAUGGGUAGUUGUGAAAGUGAGCAUGCAAAUGGAAAUGGCGAUGAUCAUCAUCAUCAUCAUCAUCAUCAGCAGCAGCAGCCGCAAGACAGCAUGAGUCCAAAUCCUUUGAUCCAGGAUUAUGUGGCCAAGCACAUACCUGUCUUGUCCAGAAAGAAGAGAGCUGCUGUGUUGAUAUGCAUUUUUGGUGGACAAGAUGGUGAGCUUCGUGUAAUUCUUACCAGAAGAUCCAUGAAGUUGUCCUCUCAUCCAGGCGAUGUAGCAUUGCCUGGCGGAAAAAUGGAUGAAGGCGAUGCUGACGACUGCGCAACUGCUCUAAGAGAAGCAACGGAAGAAAUUGGACUGGAUCCGGCUCUUGUCCAUGUUGUUGCCAAUUUAGACCCCUUUAUUUCAUCGAAUUUGCUGACGGUGGUGCCGGUGGUAGGCCUAUUAACCAGAGUGGAAGAUUUCAAGCCAAUGCUUAACGAAGACGAAGUCGAUGCUAUCUUUGAUGCCCCCUUAGAGAUGUUCCUCCAGGAAGAUCAACACAAGUGUAUAGAGAAAGAAUGGGGAGGUCUGAAGUACGCAUGCCAUGUAUUUGAGUUAGAAACAGAGCAAGGGAAUUUCGUGGUAGGAGGACUAACAGCAAGUAUUCUGAUUCAAGCUGCCUCCAUCAUCUACAAAAGGUCUCCAGCUUUCAACCAAAGUCUUCAGGACUUCAGUCAACUGCAAUGGGCGCUGGCUCCUGCUAAACAAGUAGUAGUAGAUAUGGAAGAUGGUCCAGGUCCAGGAGGUAGUGACGUUGGAUAAACAGAGUUUUUUGCUAAUUGUUUCCAGAUGGCGUUAUGAAUUAUAAAGGGAUUAAGGAGAGUGUCACAAAUAGCUAGGUGGCAAAGUAAACGUAAUUACUUAUUAUAUUCAUGGCGUUAGAACCUUUUUCAUUAGAUUAACAAUUGGCGCCCCUUUACCCUC